AGUACCGUCACUUUACCCUAUGAACGAAAGAAUCACGUCCAUGAGUCAAAGUGCUAACAAUUUUCUACGUAUCUUUGUAUUCAUUGGAAGAACAUAACCAAAAAUAACCCGGUGAAAAAAAGAAUUUAUUUCCAUGACAUACGAGUAGAAUCGUGAUUAUAUUUAACCUCAGAUGUCACACAAUUAAAUAUAAUAAUGUAAUACUUAAAUCUUGAAUGUUUACCCAACUAGGUUUUUUUUUACAAACAAAUCAGCUACGUUACCAAUGAGAACGAUGAUGGAGUAGACAAUGUGGUACAUAUUUAAAUUAUCAAGCCUGUCACAGAAAGCUAAUUAAUUACAUUGUAUCAUAAUGGAUCUGAAAGCUGUUGUAAUUUCUGGUGAAGCUCCUGAGUCCGAUGAUGAGUCAGUAAAUAUUGCUACUGGCAUAGGUUUUCCAGCUUUACGAGGUCCAAAUUCCUGUGGUACUAUUAUUACAGGAGAAGCUCCUGAAUCUGAUGACGAUGGGACUAGUCUAAGCAGCGUCAGUGGUGCAGUAGAGGCUACAGCAUGUCCACCGUAUACCGAAAUUAAACCACGUAAAUCUAAAAAAAAUUAUAUCAAGUAUAACAGUUUACUUCAUAAAAAAUUGCACGAGUGCAACGAAGCAUUAGACAGAAAUGUCUUAGAGCUGAGCGAGGGAACGUUCGCUGCUGGUAUUCAACAAUUAGCAGCUGUCAAUCGACAAUUAUUGAGAAGUGAGCUCACUCUGCAAGAAGCAGCUUGCCAGCUGCGCAAUGCAUCAAACCGAUCUCGCGAUGUAUCCAAUGCAUUAAUUCAACUUGCAGAUACCGAUUUCUUACAUUCCAUAAAAAUUUAAUUUUUUUCCAACAUUUAUUUAUUUAUGUAUGAUGUGCUUUACGAUAGUUACACAGUUGAAAACCUGAAUGCAAGAACAUUUCUUUCAAUGCAUAUUAUUUGUCCGUCACUUGUCCUAAAGAAUUGAUGGAUUUAGUUUUAUUAAAAAUAAACAGAAUAGAUAUAAAUCGUUAAAA